AUGGAAAUGAAAGUAGAGAGGCUUAUGGAAAUCAUAGAAAUUCAAAGGUUGACAUUUGAUUCAAAGAUGAAGAACUUGGAGGAAGAAAUAAUUAAAAAAGCGACUUCACCUAAAUUUUGUAAUGAAAAUACCACUAACAAUGCAGAUAACCACAGCAAUCAAGAAUUUAAACAUCGUGUUAGAAGAUUUUUGACAGGACUAUCACCAAUUGCAUUUUAUGCAUAUAUUUCAAAGUCGUUCACUCAUGUCGGUGAUCUUCAAACCCAUAUUUAUGAUGUAGUUGUCACAAAUUUAGGAAAUGGAUAUAGCAAACAUAGUGGAGCAUUUACCGCUCCCAGAUCUGGUGUUUAUGGCUUUUCCUGGACAGUCUUUGCAUCUGGGCGGCAUAUGUCAGGAGACAGUGGCUCAGAAUUAGGUGAAAUUACAUCCCAGUUGCUUCAAAAUGGACAUGUUAAGGGGACAAUUCACGCCGAUACAGAAGCAUCUUAUGAUGACGAAAUGUCCACCGGAUUUGUUAUUUUAAGCGUCAAUGCAGGUGACGUCAUUAUGACACGCGCUACAACUCUUCAUCAAGGAUCAUACCUCAGCGAUGGAAACGGCAGAUGGACCUUCUCUGGUUUCCAAAUUGCCUAA